AUGAUUGGUCGUUUUGGUGUAGCAGAGCCGGAGGCGUUUGAAGCAGGCGCAGGAAGCAAAUCCAAGCCAUGCGUCAGGUUCUUCAGCACCGCAGGCUGCCGCUUUGGCUCCAACUGCCACUUCAUCCACGACAUUCCGGCCGGCUCCCAGGCCGUCGCAGAAACGAGCAUUCCGAGUGGCCCAGCUACAGCACAAGACGAGAACGAGCUUGCCAUGCUCAAUCCAACGCUACCGCCCAUGUGCAUGGACCAACCAAGCCCCACCGGUGACCAUGCACUCAGAGCGCCGACGCCUUCCAGCGCAGCUCCGGCGAGCUUCGGCGCUUGGGCGACGGCCAAGAUCAGCGUGGACGCGUCCCUCGCAGGCGCCAUCAUCGGGCGGAGCGGAGCGACCAUAAGGGAGAUAUCCCGGGCCAGCGGCGCCAGGCUGCGCAUUCGCGACCACGAGCGGGACGCCAGCCUGAAGAACGUGGAGCUGGAGGGCACGCCAGAGCAAAUCAGGCACGCCAGCGCCAUGGUCUGGGAGCAUCUGCCGGUGCCCGGCGGAGGGCGAUAUAACGGCGUCAAGACCAGGCUGUGCGCGCACUUCGCCAGAGGGUCCUGCACGUAUGGCGACGGCUGCCGCUUCGCCCACAGCGAGAGCGAGCUCCGCAGGCCGGCUCCUGCUGCUCGAGAGCCGUGUGGUUGGUAG